UUUUUCGUGAAAUAGUGUAUUGUUGUGAUGUAGUCCAGACUUCUCCAAGGCUUUGACAAUGUGUUUUUGAAGCGUUAACAAGUUCACAUUUUUUGAAUUUCAUUUUUAAAAACCACCCCAUCAACCGAAAAUGUUUACAACUCAACAAAUUUCAUACCCCGCAGCAUCAAGCAGCUACACCAUUCCAUAUGAGCAAAAUUGGGUUGCCGAUGCACCACAAUUGCCAAGCUAUGACCACGUUCAAGUACCUUACCAACAAAUGGAAGCAAGACCACCUGUUAAACUUGGUCGUAAUGGAAAACCGAAAAGAAUCCGCACCAAUUUUACUGCCGAUCAAUUGAGCGAACUUGAAAACUUUUUCAAGAACACUCGAUAUUUGACUCGUGCAGCUCGCAUCGAAAUGGCCAAACAAUUGGAGUUGAACGAGCGUCAAGUGAAGAUUUGGUUCCAAAAUCGUCGUAUGAAGGAGAAGCGUGAGAAUCAAACAUCAACCAAGCCAACUAAUGCCGGUUCCGCUUCACCAUCCAAAUCAUUAUCAUCAAACGCAUCAUCGCCAUCAUCGCACCGAUCUGGAAUGCCACCGAAUCAAGUUGGUCAAUUGAACGAUCACCAGAUUCGUGAAAAUUUGAUGCAGUACCAAAACUUCCAAUAUGUGAAAACUGAAACACAGGACACCGAUACAGUUUACCGUCCCGUUUACGAAACUUAUAUAGUAGACGAAAACGAUCAAGGCAUUCCAACCGAAGAAAUUAAAAUUGAGGAUGUUCAAAUGCUAGAAUUGAAUAACACCAGUUUAAUUGAAGAUAAUUUUAUUCAAGAAUAUGAUUACAUUCAAUUGCAAGACGAAAAUCAAGGUCUAAGCGAAGGAUUUUUCAUGACUGAUAUUGAAGAAACAACAGACGAUUCCAGCCUCCCAUCAUCGGGAUUGAUUAUGCACACCGAUUUCCAUUCAAUUUUGUCCGAAUUAGUUAACCUUUAAUUUUUUUUAAAAAGAUUUUAGUUUCUAAAAACUAUAGUUAAAUCGGUUAGAAUAUUCGUGAGUCCAGAAAAUUU